AUGAAUGACAGUUUAAGAAAGGAAAUUGAAAAUGAUUUUCAUAGUCAUGAUUUAACUGUUCCUAAAUUUGUAUUAGCACCAAUGGUUAGAUAUUCAAAAUUAGCAUUUCGACUUUUGGUUUCAAAAUAUGGAGCAGAUAUAUGUUAUACACCAAUGAUUUUUGCUAAUUGUUUUUGUACAAACAAAAGAUGUACAGUGGCAGAAUUUACAACAGUACCAGGAGAGAGACCAAUUGUUCAGUUUGCUGCAAAUAAUGCUGAGGAAUUUGCUUAUGCUGCAGAACUUGUGUAUAAUGAUGCUUCAGGAAUUGAUCUAAAUUGUGGGUGCCCAAAAAAAUCUGUUACCUCAAAAAAAUGUGGUUCAGAAUUGUUAAAAAAUCCAGAGAUAAUUGCAGAUAUUGUUAAACAAACUAGAAAUCGUAUAAGCGAUAGUGAUUUUAUAGUUUCUUGCAAAAUAAGAAUUGACGACGAUCUUAAUAAAACUGUUGAUAUGGUUAAAAAGUUAGAAUCAGCUGGUUUAAAUAGGAUAACUGUCCACGGAAGAACAAAAGAUCAAUCUUCCAAUGAAUCAUUAUUUGCAAAUGGUGGUGUUUACAAGUACGAAGAUUUAAUUGAAGUUGCCAAAAUAACAAAAGCUGAUGGAAUCAUGGUGGCGAAUGGUUUACUAGAAAAUCCAGCACUUUUUUCCAAGCAAAAAUACCCAUCAUUAGAAUGUAUAAAAGACUUUAUGGAACUAGAAUCAAAACACGGCCUUAUUUAUGAUCUAUAUCAUCAACAUUUGAUAUUUAUGAUGAGGCAUAUGAUGUCGAAAGCUGAACGGCUACAUUUUAAUGAAUUAAGAGAUGUUGUUUCCCUGAAGUCAUUUUUGAACUCUUAUAUAAAUUUUUAG